UUCAACUUUAUUGAAAGUUACUUUCUGUCAAUAAGUCAUCUGUCAAAACAAACUAAUCAACGUUAGAGGUUUUCGAAGCGGCUGGCAACCGGGCCCGCAUAGAGCAGUAAGAGCUCCACCAAGAAGGCGAAGCAAAAGAAAGCAAAGAACCGUAGUUCGUGUCAAUCUGGCCGUCGGUCGUGUCGUGUUUGAAAUAUUGCUCUCGUCAAAAAAUUGUGGCGCUUUUCGGUUGUUCGGUCCUUUUCAGUUUUUCCACUUGUUCGGUUGCGUUUUUCUUUUCGGUGUUUUUCCUCUCCUGCACGAGCAACAUUGGCGGUUUCACCACCAAUUCUCCGAGCAGCGCGCGAUUGUGCUCGCGGCCGAGGGCUUCCAGAAUGUGCUCCAGCGCUGCCGAGUGUAAACAAUUGGGCUCGUAAGACCCACUCCCGCGUCGGAGGGUGAGUGAGAGAGUAAGUGUGUCUAUUUGUCUGUGAGAGGAGGAGGGGUUGUGAGCGUGUGGGCGCGAGAGUCGUCGCCGUGAUUGUUGUAUUGAUUUUCGCGAAUGGUUUUACUCCCGCAACAACAACAGAAGCAAAAAAAAAAAUAAGGAAGGUAAGGGUAAAUGAAGUGAAGUGAGGCGGCAAGAAGACGUCGAAAAGACGAAAAAGAAUAAGUUCGUUCUUGCAUAGAAGAAAGGAAGAGUAAUAUCGAGUGUGUGUGUGUGUAUGUGCGGGCGCGUGUGUGAAGAAGAGCAAGAAAGGUGCUGCGGCUACUACGAUUGUAGUAGAAAGUAAGUGGAAUGUUGCGCUAAAACAGUGCAAAUCGAAGAAAACGAAAUCAAGUUGGCGAACUAGGAAGAAGUUUCUGUCGGAGGAGGAAAAAAGAAGAAGAAAGGAACAAAUUACCAACAGAAGAAAAACAACCGUGAAGAAGAAAACAAUAGGAAGAAGACGGCGGAACGAUGUUCAAAUGCAUCCCGAUCUUCAAGGGCUGCAACCGGCAGAUCGAGUACGUGGACAAGCGGCACUGCUCGCUGCCGAAUGUGCCGGAGGAGAUCCUGCGGUACUCGAGAUCGCUCGAGGAACUGCUGCUCGACGCGAACCACAUCCGGGAUUUGCCGAAGAACUUCUUCCGGCUGCACCGGCUGCGCAAGCUGGGCCUCAGCGACAAUGAGAUCAUGAAGCUCCCGUCGGACAUUCAGAACUUUGAGAAUCUGGUCGAGCUGGACGUCUCCCGGAAUGAUAUUGGUGACAUUCCGGAUGACAUCAAGCACCUGCGGAGCCUGCAGAUUGCCGACUUCAGCUCCAAUCCGAUCCCGCGGCUUCCGGCCGGGUUCUCGCAGCUCCGCUCGCUGACCGUGCUCGGGCUGAACGACAUGUCGCUGACCUCGCUGCCGCAGGAUUUUGGAUGCCUGUCGAAGCUGGAAUCGCUGGAGCUGCGCGAGAACCUGCUCAAAUCGCUGCCGGAGUCGAUCAGCCAGCUGACGAAGCUGGAGCGGCUCGAUCUGGGCGAUAACGAAAUCGAAGAGCUUCCGGCGCACCUCGGCUAUCUGCCGUCGCUGCAGGAGCUGUGGCUCGACCACAACCAGCUGCAGAAGCUGCCGCCGGAGAUCGGGCUGCUGCGCAAUCUGGUCUGUCUGGACGUUUCGGAGAACCGGCUGGAAGAGUUGCCGGAGGAGAUCGGCGGGCUGGAGCACCUGACCGACCUGCACCUGUCCCAGAACCUGCUGGAGGUGCUGCCCGACGGCGUCUCCAAGCUGACCCGGUUGACCAUCCUGAAGCUGGACCAGAACCGGUUGCACACGCUCAACGAGAGCAUCGGCCAGUGCGUGCACAUGCAGGAGCUGAUCCUGACGGAGAACUUCCUGAACGAGCUGCCUUACACGAUCGGCAACAUGACGAUGCUGAACAAUCUGAACGUGGACCGGAACUCCCUCGUCUCGGUCCCGAACGAGCUCGGCAAUUGCCGCAGCCUCGGAGUGCUCAGCCUGCGCGAGAACAAACUCACCAAACUGCCCUCCGAGCUGGGCAACUGCGCCGAACUGCACGUGCUGGACGUGUCCGGCAACCGGCUCCAGUAUCUGCCGUACUCGUUGGUCAACCUGCAGCUCAAAGCGGUGUGGCUCUCGGAGAAUCAGGCGCAACCGUUGCUAACAUUCCAGCCGGACGUGGACGAAGCGACCGGUGACCAGGUGCUCACGUGCUUCCUGCUCCCCCAGCAGGAGUACGUCCCGGCCAGCCCGGAAAACCGCGGCGACGACACCGACUCCGAGGACUGGGAAGAACGCGAAGCGUCCCGAACCCACUCCGUCAAGUUCAGCGAAGAUUCCAACGUCGACAAAGACACCCCCUUCGUCCGUCAAAACACCCCUCACCCAAAAGAACUCAAACUCAAAGCCCACAAACUGUUCGCCAAGGAGAAGAAGUCCGACGACAUGAGCGGAGGAAAUCUGGACACCCUCUCGGAAGAGUCGUCCUCGCGCCCCUCCCAACUCAACAAAGCAGCCGCAGGAAUGUCCACCAUGGACGACAUUCAGGGCGUCGCGAAUGAACCCAUUCCGGAGGAGGAGGACGACGCCGGAGGGCGGAAUGUGGUGACGGAGGCGGAGCAUGGCGUUGGAGGGGAGGAGGACGGGUACGAGAAGCGCGUUGGGUUCGAUGUGAACGACGAGGAGCGGUACUACGAGCAGGAACAGCUGCCCGAGGAUGGUGAGGAGGGGGAGGAGGAAGAGUCGCACGAGAAGAAGCCCGUGUCGAAGUUGCAUCGGAGAGACACGCCCCACCACCUGAAAAACAAGCGCGUCCACCACGGCGGCAUCUCGGACAAGGCCAACUCGCUGGUGCUAAACUCGCUCAAGCUGAAGGAACCUCCGGUAGCUCUCCAGCAGCAGCAGCAGCAGCCUCCUCCGAAGCUGUUGGAGGAACCGGUGCUGGAAACGGUCCAGGAACCGGCUGGCGGUGAUGACGCUACCGACGCCUUCACCGAGCUCAAGGUGGAAAAGCUCGAGAUCCACAUCGAGCGGACGUCGGCCGGCCUCGGGCUGAGCAUAGCCGGCGGCAAGGGCUCGACGCCGUUCAAGGGCGACGACGAGGGCAUCUUCAUCUCGCGCGUCACCGAGGGGGGUCCCGCCGAUCUGGCCGGCCUCCGGGUGGGCGAUAAGGUACUUAAAGUGAACGGCAUCUCGGUGGUCGAGGCGGACCAUUACGACGCCGUGGAGGUGCUGAAGGCGUGCGGAUCGGUGCUGGUGCUGUUCAUCAGCCGGGAGGUAACCCGGCUAAUUGGACAUCCGGUGUUUGACGAGAGUGGUUCGGUGGCGCAGAUCAACGUGGUUGAGCAGCAGAGCCUGGAGCAGAAGAUGGUGCCGGAGGUUGAGACCGGCGGGGGAGGCAUAGCCGGAGGAGGCGGUGAAGCACCACCGCAUCCGUCGUUCAACGUGGUCGGUCUGCCAAACGGGAACGCUGGAACGCCACCAACCCUGCCAACGAUUGGCUUGCUAAACGGAAAUGAAAUUACCCACAAGGUUAUCCUGCACACGACCCUCAUCCGGGACACGAUUGGCCAGGGCCUUGGGUUCAGCAUAGCUGGUGGCAAAGGACACGCACCCUUCCGGGACGGUUCCGAAGGCAUUUACAUCUCGAAGAUAACCGAGAACGGAGUGGCGCACAAGGAUGGGAAGAUCCUUGUUGGAGACCGCGUGCUCGCAAUCAAUGGGGUUGAUAUUACGAACGCCCACCACGACUAUGCGGUGCAGCUGUUGACCGAUCAUCAGCGCUUUGUGCGGUUGGUAGUGCAGCGGGAGGUGAAGGGGCCGCUGGAGCCGCCGACGAGUCCGCGCAGUCCGGCGAUGCUGAAGAGUCUCAACCCGAGCGGGUACAUGGCGAAUCGACCGGCUUACACCGGUUACCGCCGCUCCAUCGAAGACCCAGCCGACCUCAACAAUCCUGUGGCCGAUGUGGCCAAACCAGCCGCCACCACCACCACCAUCCAAGAACCGCUCACCACCCAGACCACCGUACACAAGGUAAAUGGGGCCUCCAAAGGUCCGUCACCACCACCACCACAACCACCAACUUCCCUUCUCGGUACCGCAUUCGGUGGCGGUAGCCAAUCUAGUACUUCACCCACCAUCACCACCACCACAAUCUCACCUCCAUCAACAUCUUCAUCAACGCAAUCGACACCAUCGCAAACAACUUCAUCGUCCUCCUCACCAUCGUCACAGCAAACGCAAUUGUUGAGUUCAUUUGCACAGCAAUCAUCAUCACAUUUAUCACGACAGCAAAAUGCAAACUCGACGGCAGCGGCGACGACGUUUAUCGGUCAACAACAGCAACUUCAGCAACAACAGCCGCAACAACCUCCAUUACCUGCCCCACGAACAGUAUUAUCGCAAACGUCUGUAAAUAACAGCAAUGGUAGUAGUUCUAACAACAACAACAACAUCGUCAUGACCAACAACAGCAGCAACAACACAAAUGGUAGUAGUAGCACACAAGCACCACACAACCACAACAACAACAACAUCAUCAACAACAAUCAGUCGUCGGCGGCAGAGCCCGCAAUCAACGGUACAAGCAAUACAAGUAGUAGUUUGGUAGCGAAGGGAACGAAUGACGACGCGCAGGUUGCGGCCCGGCCCAUGACGAGCGCCGACUUCCAGGCGAUGAUCCCGUCGCACUUUAUCAGCGGUGGCCGCCACGGCCAGGUGCAGGUUGAGGCCGGUGAGCACGGGCCCUCGGUCACCGUGACCGUCCAGAAGGCCGUCCCGGACGUGCCGAUGUUGCCGCCGGCGCCCACCGAACUCGGCACCGUCACCGAAACCAUCACCAAGUCGACCUUCACUGAGACGGUAAUGACCCGGGUUACUGACAAUCGGUUAUUGGAACCACUAAUCAGUGAGGAAGUGGUGCUGCCCAAGGAUCAGGGUUCGCUCGGUUUCAGCAUCAUCGGUGGCACGGACCACUCGUGCACGCCAUUCGGGGCCCACGAGCCCGGUAUCUUCAUCUCACAUAUCGUCCCCGGUGGCAUCGCGGCCCUGUCCGGCAAGCUGCGCAUGGGCGACCGCAUCCUCAAGGUGAACGGCACGGACGUGACGGGCGCCACGCACCAGGAAGCGGUGAUGGAGCUGCUGCGGCCGUGCGACGAGAUCCGGCUGACCGUUCAGCACGAUCCGCUGCCUGCCGGAUUCCAGAAUUGCGAAAUAGUUUGCUUGCAAACGGAGGAAGUGCGAAUCGUCAAGCAGGAGGGCGAACGGCUCGGCAUGCACAUCAAGGGCGGCCUCAACGGGCAGCGCGGCAACCCGCUGGACGCCGCCGACGAGGGCGUGUUCAUCUCGAAGAUCAACAGCUCGGGGGCGGCCAAGCGGGACGGCCGGUUACGCGUGGGCCAGCGUAUCCUCGAGGUCAACGGGUGCAGCCUGCUCGGGGCCACGCACCAGGAGGCGGUCAACUCGCUGCGCGCGUCCGGAAAUGCGCUCCAUCUGGUGGUGUGCAAGGGCUACGAGAAGAGCGAUCUGAUCCACCAGUCGAUCGGCGGUGCCGGCGGAAUGACCGCCGGAAUAAGCAAUAACGGGCACAGCACGCGAAUAGGAUCCCGUGCCUCGGAAACCGGUUCCGAGCUGAGCCAGAGCGUGUCCAGCCUGGACCGGGAGGACUCGAUCGUCGAGAUGUCCCACCAGCGCAAGAUCAGCGUGGACCGCGUCCCGGAGGAGGAACCGAUGCCCGUGGUGGCGACGGCUGCCGCCGCCGCUCCGAUGGUACCAGCCAAGCCGACAGUGGUACCAGAACCGGUCACGACGACGGUGGCCGCGGCGCCUUCGCAGGCUCUGAGUCGCGUAACGCCCGUUUCCGGUGACUCGCAGGCGCUGGUGGCCGCGAGGGAGAAGAGUACGCCGGAAAAGGUCCUGGACAUUGUCCGCGCCGCCGAAUCGCUGGCCCUGGGCGGAAGCGCCCUCGUCGAGAACGGUCCGCCCAAAUCCCCGACGGAACCGGCCGCGGCCGAACCGCUCCAGAAGACGACCACGAUCGUGAUGUCCAAGCACACGCUGGACACGCACCAAUCGACGCCACAGGUCCCCGACGGCCGCCGAUAUGGCAAUAUCAGGCCCGCGUUGCAUGCAAACGAACCCAGUAAAACCACCACCUCGAUUAACUCCACCUACUCCACUAGUACUACUACCAACACCACCAACACUAGCUCUACUACCUCCUCCGCGUCGACGUCGUCGACGUCCGCGACCUCGUUUGACACUACUAACCAAAACAACAACAACAACAACACCUCGUCAACUGCGACUUCGUCGCAGCCACUUCCGGCGACCAAGAGUUACCUUCCGGUUUACACCGGAUAUCGGUCCGCAAGCGGAUCCUCGAAGGAGCCAUCGCCGGAGAAACCGCCUCCAAUUCCGGCGAGUCGCUCGGUGACGCCCACUCCCGGUGGCGGCCACCGGAAGUCGGUCAGCUUCGAUCUGGUCGAUCCGAACGAGUCGGAGCACCGGAAGGCGGCGGCUGCGGCCACCGCGGAGCGUUUGUUGAGAGAUGCGAACAAUAAUAGUGGAGGGGGACAACAGUUGAAGGGAAUUCUGCGCAGCGGGAGUCCGACGGCUUCGAGUCGGAGCAGGAGCACGACGCCGGAAGAGGACCAGGUGCGGGGGCGGUACGUUCGGGGGGAGGAAGUUGAUACCGAGGAGGAUGACAGCGAGGAAGACAGUGAAGAGGAGGAGAGUGAGGAGGAGGACCAUCGGAAUCCGUUCCGGAAGGAGUUUUUGCCGGAAGAGGAAGUGGUUCGGAGGAGGUCACCUCCGAGGAGGGUGGAAGAUAGACCUUUAUCUCGAGAGGUUAAGCGAGCGGAGAUUGUGCUCAACGAGGGCCUCCGGAACAUGGAGGAGGACUUUGGACAGGGGGACUACGUCGAGUACGAGCACGACACCCGGACGAACACGAUCCGGGAGGUUCGCGCGUCAUCGACGCCUGAUCUCAACCGAAUCGAGCUGAUCGCUGCCAAAUAUGACGUCCUCCCGACGAAGAAGCGCGCCGAGUUUAUCCACGAAAAUUGCACCGCCAACACGCUGGUUCCGGAAGAGACCCACCGGCAGGUCCUGCUCGAGGAGAACCGCGUCCGCAACGAGCUCCUGUCCCGAUCGACGAACCCGUUCCUAGACUACGGCCAAUCCGUCUCCCCCGUGCCACCCCACCCGGCCUCACCUUCACCGCACUGGUCCGGCUCCAACCCCACAAUCUACCCACCGGUCCAGGUCCUUCCGGUGCACUACACCAAACUUCCGACGCCCCAGCACACAAUCUACACCUUCACCAACCAACCUGCUCCGGCGGCGCCGCCACCAACCCACCACCAUCACCCGUCGCCGUACGGCGGAACAACCUACCUGUCGCCACCGCCAGCGCCGAAAACGCCGAAGAGCGUGUCCGACAAGAAGCGCUUCUUCGAGAACGCCAUGGAAGAUCAGACCAAGCAGACGCCGAAACCUGAGAAAGUGUUCUCUUUCCUCUCGCAAGACGAGGUCGAGAAGCUGAAGCAGGAGGAGGAGAAGAAGAUUGCGACGCUGGGGCGGCGCCACAUCCGGGAGCGCGACUACGAAGAGGAAGAGGAGGAGGACGAGUUCUGUUCCGGCGAUAACGACGACGACGACGACGAAGAUGACGAGAUCCGCAGACGGUACGGAAAGUCCGACGAGAACGAUAACGAUAUGAGCAUUAACAAUUCGUCGACGACGGCAUCGAACACAUUCACCACACCAACACAUCAACAACAAUGCCCAACGAUUCACGAGGAACGGCAGCAAUCGGCGACGUCGACACCUGGGCAGAUGAAAACGCCCGUCAGCCGGAUUCCGAUCCGGACGGCUAAUGCUGAGAAGCGAGCGCGGGCGAACGAUAUGCUACCGCCGGAGUACGACGAGUCCAAGCUGAGCCCGUCGGAGAUACGGGCGCUGAGGGCCCAAAAGCGUGCCGCGUGGCGCCAAGCUCGCCUCAAAUCGCUGGAAAACGACGCCUUGCAGGCGCAGAUCAUGAUCCAAACGAUGAACGCCGUCACGAUGCAGGACGGCGAUCAAUCGAACAACAACAACCCGGCGGUGCUACAUCUAAAGUCCGACCAUCACGAUUACUACCCAACGAUUGCAGAGCACGUCGUCAGUAGCAGCGAUGAGCAGUCAUCGACGACGUCAUCGCUAACCCAGGUCAGUGGCGCGGCGUACCCACCGAUCGCGCCGAAACCUCCCACGGUCCGGUUUCCCCGGAUUGCGGUGAAAUCGCGUGAAACCGGCAACGAAGUGGUGCUGCGCGAGACGGAAAAAGUGCUCGACGAGAAGGUGAUCGGCGGAAGGACGGAGGAACUGCCCGGUGGGGGCCUGCGCACCGUCGAGUACGUGGAGAAGGUCAUCGAGACGGAGGUCGAAACGAUGCGCGAGCGGAUCAUCAUGCUCGAGCUUGAAGAGCCCUCUUCCGGCAGCAGCGAACGUCCACUCCCCGCCCAAAAGUCCCUCGAUCAGGACGAUUCAACCGAGGCGGCGGACGACGUGUCCCUGGAGGAAGAUCACGUCGACCAUGGCGGGCCGUUUGACGAAGAAGAUGAAGACGAAGACGAAGUGAACCCGCUGCAGACGAUCGUGGAGGUCGUCAACCCAGCGUUGAGUGGGGGAAAUGGCCAGAUCAAUGAUAUCAUCGUUGGCCGGUUCAACGACGAUUGCGGGGUCGGUGGAGGGGACGAUUCGUUUGUGUCCUCGGCGGGAGGUUAUGGGGAGGGUAGCAGCAGGUUUGGCUACGAAGAAGGACGGUACGUGUCGAUCAACGAUAAGAUGAAGAACGUGCUGCGGGAGCUGAAGCAGAACGAGAAGGUGAGACUGAACCUUAGCAAGAGUAUGACGGAGGAGGAACGGGCGGAGCAGGAGGAGGAGGAAGAGGAAGAGGAUGAUGAAGAUUUGGAGCAGUAUCGGCAGCAGAUGGAGUAUUCGCACUCGGAACAAUACCCCUCGAUCGUAUCCGCCAGUGGCGGCGGCAUCCACAACGACGCCGUCGAAAUCGACGACGACGACGAGGAGUUCCGGCACUACGAGGAGAAAACCGGUGCCAUCGGAACGGUAUUCAUGGUGCGCGAGCGUCUCAUCAACGACUUUUACACCCACCAGAGCGAUUUGCACGAACAACCUGCUCCAGCUCCAGUUCCGAGUCAACCGAGUCAGAUUCCCACCCGGGUGGUGGACUUUUACGCCGGCGAGGACGAUGGCUGCGAGGUCAUCGGCAAUCCGAGCGCCUUCGAAGCGUUUGGCGGGGACGAACAGCUGGACCGGAUGGCCAAGCUGCAGAAGCAAACGCUGCAGGAUGAGAAACUGCGGGCGGUUUUCUGCGCCGAAGAGGAUGACGACGACGAUGAGGAUGAGGUCGUCGGGGGGAAGAAGGCUGGGGAGGAAAAGCCCAGCGGAAUUCCGGUGGCAACUGGGACCGGUUCCAAGCGCAAGAAGCGAAAGAGCAAAAAGAAGAAGUAGAAAGUGAGGUGGGUUGAGCAUUAUUAUUUUUCGUCCCGUCGAAAUCUCCGUCCUAAAAUCACAAACUUAAAGAGAGAGUUUUUUUGUGGUUUGCAUUUGUUUUUACGUUGAUCGAAUCGAACGAAAAUCGCGAAAGAUUGGUUUUAAAAACUAAACACAGCAAAAACACAAUUCACACACGUUCUAGAAAUUCCAUAACGCAAUUCCACAGCACUGCAAUUAUUUUAGUCGUCGCGACAAUAAGUAACGAAGAAGAAAGGUUAAUAAGUUUUACUUGCUAAUUGGAAAAACUAUUAUUUUCUCAAACAAGUAUUUAUUUAUCUAUCAGAUAAUAACCAAUUCCUUAUUUUUUAUAUUUUCGUGAAAGAAAGAAAAAGGAUGCAAUGUGGAAGUUAAGUGAAACUCACACACACUAUUUUUACAAUAAUUACUUUAAUUAAUAUUUAAUGGUAAAAAAAAAUCUAGCAACUAAACAAAAUCAACAAAACUGAAUGAUAAUCAUUGUCAAUCUCUCCACUAUACUUUAUAUUAAUCUACUACGAAAAAUCUGCUACGUAUAGAGAAAUUGUGUGACUUUUUCUCGCUCGAAAAAAAAAACAAUAAAAAUUAGAGAGAAUGGAGCCCUUUUUGUCGAAUGUUGGCAAAUUGGAGCCUCUUAAAUAAUUGAAAAAAAAAA